AUGAAGCCACAUGCAACAGGUUCCCCCAAUGACAAGGUCUCUGCCAGACCAGCCAAGCUCCAGACGCUCAAUUCUUUCAGAAGAGACUUGCCAUUCAUGAGCCAGAAUGCCUUGCAAGCUCUGCUCCAGAAAGUCCACAAAGAAGGAUUGCCAGAAGUCAGGCAUGCCAAGGGCAUGAAAGAGGCCACUCGCAUGAAAUUGUCCAGCAUGAAUGCAUAUGGGCCAUUAUUGUUACAUGAGCCAGUAGACACCAUUGAUGGCCAGCCUGCAACCAUCUGGAUGGCCAACACCAUGUCUCUCUUGGCUGGACUUUACCAGCAAGGAGGUCAGUGGGCAAGGCUGCUCCAUGAAACCCACAGCAGCAAGCCCUCACAGAAAGAAGCCCCAUGGAAGUUGCUGCUGUACUCUGAUGAGGUGUGCCCAGGCAACCAGUUGAGCCACAGGCUGGAAAGAAAAACCAUGGCAAUCUAUGGAUCAUUCGCAGAAUUCCAUAACAUGCCCCAGCAUGAAGAUGCAUGGUUUGUGGUUUCCAUCGCCAGAAGUCAGGAAAUCUCCAACAUUCAGGCUGGCAUUUCCCAGAUUUUCGCCAAGGUGAUCAAAUCCAUCUUCAUGAAUCCAGUUGCAAAUCCCAGACUUGGGGUGCGCUUGCCACAUGCCACAGAUGCCAGGCAAGACAUCAGGCUCCAUUUUACAAUGGGGGGCUCCAUCCAAAAUGGAUUGGCCAUGAAGCAAACCUUCUGCACCAAGGGCGACUCAGGGACCAAGUUUUGCAUGCUCUGCAACAACAUUAGGUCCAUGCCCCAGGCAGAUUCCACCAGCCGGGAGGAAGAGGAUAUCCCAGGCUCCAGUGUUUCCACUUUGGCAGAAUGUGAACUGGCCACUGAUAUAGAAGUCCUGGCAGCUUUCCAGAAGUGCCACCAGAAUUCUGCCACCAUGAGCAAGGAGCAAUUCGCAAUUUACCAGAAGGCAGCUGGCAUCACCUACAACCAGCACAGCUUGCUGCUGAUCCAGGUCCUCCUCCAGGCCAACCUGCUGAAGCCAGUGUCUGGGUAUAUCCAUGACUGGACGCACACCAUGGCAUCCCAAGGGGUUACGCAGAGAUCCAUUUACAUAUUGCUGUCUGAAGCCAACGCUUGGAACCAGAUGGAAAGUUUUCUCCAACUUUGGACUCUGCCAGGUGUAGUUGGCAAGAAAAUCAAGCUCCAUGAUCUCUUCACAGCCAAGAGAAUCAAAUUUUACAAGGACAACAAAAGGUUCAAGUGCACAGCCAGUGAAUGUUUGGGCUUGACCACAUUGAUCAAGUACAUGGCCCAAGCGCUGUUUCUGCCAGCAGGGGUCCAGGUGGACCAAUGCCACAGCUUUGUGGACAUGGCUGCUGCGCUGGAAAUGCAACAAGUGGAGAAGGCUCUGACCAUGUUCAAGCAUGCUGGAAAUGAAGCCCAGAUGCUCAGAAAGCACCACUGGCUGCUCCACUUGAGCACCCACCUAGCAGCAUGGCGAUUUUUGCCCAACUGCUGGCCGUUGGAAAGAAAGCACAAGAUCCUCACCAUGUGUGCCACCAACAUGAAGAAGAUCGGCAGCUACACCAAGAGCCUCAUUGAAGAGGUUCUCUGCCAUGAUAUCCAUAGCUUGAGAACAUCUGAGCAUUUUCAGGCAGGGGUCCAUCUGCUUCAGAAGCACGCUUGCUCCAAAGAGCUCCACAAAUUUCUGCGCAGUUCGGUUUUCCAGACAAAAAACCCCAAGGAAGAGGUCUGUACAGCCACUGCAGCUAUGCUGGAGACGGGAGGCCAAGUGCAUCAGAAGGAUUAUGUUUGA